CAGGAAGAAGCUGCAGCAGUUUAAGCCAUGGAUCGAAUACACCUGCUCCUUCUUCUCUCAGGCCUGUGUUCCUUGUCCUCAUGUGUAAUCCAUUAUGAGUUAUCUCAACAUACAAAUACCUGGUAUGAGGCAAGAAUCUACUGCAGAGAGAAACUCGGAGACCUGGCCACCAUAGAGGACAUGGCACAAAUGCAAAAUGCUCUUGAAGCUGUGGGUGGACGACACGAAAAUGGCGUGUGGAUCGGACUCCAUAAAGGGAAGCAUUUGAAAUGGCAUUGGUCUCUGGAACAGAAGGAUUUCUACAAGAAGGGAGAGAAGGGCUACAUAAAAUGGAAACAUUACGAUGCUAACAACUGUGGUUCUUUCAAAUAUGGCUUAUUCUAUACAGACAGUUGUACUACAUUGUAUUAUGCAGUUUGCUUUGAUGAGACAAAGAAUGGUCCUGAACAGUACCGUCUCACCUCUAAAAGAAUCAGUUGGAUGUCUGCUCGGGAGCACUGCAGGACUCAUUUCACAGACCUGACCAGUGUGAGGAACGAGGAAGAAAGCAAGAUACUCCAGGAGCUAAUUGGUGACGAGCAAGUGUGGACUGGUCUGUUCAGAGACCCUUGGGAGUGGUCUGACGGGAACAGCUCUUCAUUGAGACACUGGACAGCCGAUCAAGUUGUUCACACAGACAUCAGCGUGAAGGAGUGUGUGAAUGUGAGAAACGAUGGCAGAUGGGAACCACAAGAAUGUACCAACCCACAUCGGUUCCUCUGCGCCUAUGAGAAAACUUUCAAGCACGUCUACAAAGUGAAGAUCAGCUUAAAUGAAUCCGGCUUGGAUCUAAAUGUUCCUGCAGUGAAAGAGGACAUCCUGAAACAUAUCAAGCAGCAGCUGAAUGGAACCGGCAUUACCAGCAUACAAUGGAGAACUCAACCUGAUGGAAGAGUUUUCAUCAAGGAACCAGAAAAGAAUCAGACAAGCAGCACAGACUGUAAACCUUGACUACAAACAUCUUAUAUGGUCUGUUGUUUCUGAAUAGCAGACUGUUGUUAUGAAGAAUGAACUGUUGCUAUAGGGAUGUGGCUCUAAUCACAGACUCUUGAGGAGUCGCUGUAAUCAUUUCAAUGUUCAAAGAGACGUCCGGUUGAUUUGAUGCUGGUUUGCUAUGUCAGAGAAAUCUACAAAAUUGAAGAUAUUGAAGUAAACACCAAACAGAACACAGUCUGACACAGACAAGGCAACAAAAAAAAAUCAAUCAGGUAUGAGUCUCUGAUUCCUAAUUCAAGCGGCCAUGUUUGCCUUGUUUUACUUUGCUGGAAGUGUCUGCAGAGCCAGAGGCUGCAGUUUCAAGACCCCAAUUCUGGGACCACAUCUCUAAGUGGUGAUCCAAUACCAAAGACAAGCCAAUGAACAACAUGCUGUCAUUAAAACAAGGGACUUAGAAUUGCAGUCCAGGAAGUGCGGUUCUGAAUCUAUAGCCUCCGGAUCAGCAAUGACAUAUUCUACAGCUAAAUGAACACGUUUAAAGGAGGUCAUAAGGUGAACUAUAACUAAAGGCUUUCACUGGACCCCCUUUAAAUCUAAUUAGCCAACCCCAAAUCCUAUGCCUUGAUUGGCUAUUUGUCUUGUCAGAGGCAGGACUUAGAUUAAAAUAAUUUUUUUGGGAUAUGUUAACAGAAUAGCUGUAGCUUUCUUUGGAUCUUAUGUAGCAUAUUCUCUUUUGUUUGUGCCUACAAUCACAACACUAGACAAACAUAGUAAGUCUUUAGAGAGCUAAGGUUAGAAAAUGUAUGGGUUGCCACUGUGUUGUAUUUAUCGUUAAAAUAAAAUAGUCUAUACAGGAAUAUAACAUCUGUAUGAUACUUAUCUGAUAGUUCUUCAAAUAGAUAGUGAAGACAAAGAGGGUAAAUGCUAUUUAUUUGUGUGUGGUGUAACACCCUGGCCACCCCUUUUAAACAAGUCUAGAGUCAGAGCGAAACAUGGUGGAGCAGCAUUUAUUCAUUUAGUCAUUAUGCACCA